AAAUAUGACAGACCACCUGAACCCCUGAAUUUAAUUCCAAACAUGUUCCCAUCUCUCUCCCCUACGCGUCUCACCCUCCUCACUCUCCUCUCCGCCACCACCCUCUUCCUUUUCUACAAAUCCCACCGCCGCCUUCUCCACCGUCUCAAAACCUUCAAAACCCUAAACCCUGAUACCAGAGGCAAAAUCUUUUUCAUUUCUCAAACAUCCACAUCCAAAGGUCUAGCUCAACGCCUCCACAACCUACUGACCCUCAAUAACCUCCCAUUUGACCUUAUAGACCCCAAAGAUUACGAGCCGGAAGACCUAUGUAGAGAAACCCUCGUUUUAGUAAUCGCUUCGACGUGGGAAAAUGGGGAGCCCCCGCAAAAUGGGGCCUUUCUGGUUAAUUGGGUGAAUGAAAGUGCGGAGGAUUUCCGGGUCGGCGCUGCUUUGCUGGUUAAGUGUAAAUUUGCGGUUUUUGGGGUUGGGAGUAGGGCUUAUGGGGAGACGUUCAAUGCUGUGGGGAAAGGCUUGUCGGGGAACUUGAGGAAACUAGGGGCGAAGGAGCUGUUGGAGAUUUGUGAAGGUGAUGUGGACGGCGGGGAUUUGGAUAAGGUGUUUGAUGGGUGGAGUAAGAAAGUCGUUGAGGCGUUAAAGGAUAAUUGGAAGGAAAAUGGUGUGUAUUUUGGGAAUUUGAAUGGCGUUGAUGGUGAGGCGAGUGAUGAAGAGGAGUAUGAUGAUGAGGAUGAUGAGGAAGGAGAGAAUGAUGGGGAGUCGGAGCUUGUUGAUCUUGAGGAUAUUGCUGGUAAAGGACCUUCAAGAAGGAAGGAGAUGGUGGAGGCUAAAGCUAAUGGAGAAUUGAAUGGUGUGACUGGCAAGAAAGCAAUGGUGACUCCUGUGAUCAGGGCAAAUUUGGAGAAGCAGGGGUAUAAAGUUAUCGGGUCCCACAGUGGAGUCAAGCUUUGUAGAUGGACCAAGUCUCAACUAAGAGGCCGUGGAGGCUGCUACAAGCACUCAUUUUAUGGGAUUGAGAGUCACAGAUGCAUGGAGGCUACUCCGAGUUUAGCAUGCGCAAAUAAGUGUGUUUUCUGUUGGAGGCAUCACACAAAUCCUGUUGGGAAGAGUUGGCAGUGGAAGAUGGAUGAUCCUUUAGAGAUUGUGAAUACAGCUAUUGAGUUGCAUACCAAAAUGAUAAGGCAAAUGAAAGGAGUUCCAGGUGUUAAGGAGGGGCGCCUGUCAGAGGGUCUUGCCCCUAGGCACUGUGCCUUGUCUCUUGUUGGUGAGCCCAUCAUGUAUCCUGAGAUCAAUACAUUGGUAGAUGAGUUGCAUCGAAGACGGAUUUCUACUUUUUUAGUGACAAAUGCACAGUUUCCGGAAAAGAUCAAGUUGCUGAAGCCUGUUACACAGUUAUACGUUAGUGUAGAUGCUGCAACAAAGGACAGCUUGAAAGCUAUUGAUCGGCCGUUGUUUGGAGAUUUUUGGGAGCGAUUUGUUGAGUCCCUGAAAGCUUUAAAAGACAAACAACAGCGGACGGUUUAUCGCUUGACUUUAGUCAAAGGUUGGAAUACAGAGGAUGUAGAUGCGUAUUCUAGCCUCUUUGGCACUGGGAAUCCCGAUUUCAUUGAAAUAAAAGGAGUUACUUAUUGUGGAUCGUCUGCUACGUCGAAGUUGACAAUGGAGAAUGUGCCUUGGCAUUAUGAUGUAAAGGAGUUUUCUGAGGCAUUAUGUCGGAGAAGCAACGGAGAGUAUGCGGUUGCUUGUGAGCAUGUACAUUCGUGUUGCGUUCUUUUGGCUAAAGUGGAGAAAUUUAAGGUGGAUGGCCAAUGGUACACAUGGAUAGAUUAUGAAAAAUUCCACGACCUGGUGGCUUCCGGAAAAUCAUUCACUAGCAACGAUUACAUGGCGCCAACACCAAGUUGGGCAGUCUAUGGAGCAGAGGAAGGUGGUUUUGAUCCAGAGCAAACUCGUUACAAAAAAGAGCGGCAUCACAAAAACAGUCGCUGAGCGGGUGUGGAACUAUUUUUGGUUACUGAAACAGGUCGGUCAGGUUGGAGUUUCGCCUUGAGAGAAAGUUGAAUGGGUAGAGCAGCCUGCAGUUUUGUUUGCAGAAUCAGGUUUUACUGUACACUUAGAAAGUUAAUUCUGUAGAAUAGUCACGAAAUGCAACAAACACAACUACAACAAACAGAUGUACUACUGUAUCUUACCAUCAAAGUAUUCCUUUAUUAUGCAAAUGGUUGGUGGUAGUGCUUAUUUAUGAACCGCGUUGACUUGCUAAUGAUCUUUGUCCUCUCUCUGUUA